UGUCGGUCACAAUGCACCGCCUAGCCUUGUUCAUAUUCAGCGUGGUUGUAUUGGUCAAAGCAGACGUUGAUUUGCGUAGCUGCUUUGAAACAGCUUUUUUAAACAAAGGCUGUUGUGAGUAUGAGAUAAAUGAAGAAAAGACUGCAAUGCUAGAGGAAUGUGCCAAAACUGUAGUUCGUGAUCCUCAUUCCUGUGAUUUUCAAACUUGUGUCGCAAAAAAAAGUGGAUUCAUGUUGUCCAACGGAACAAUUGACAAGUCCUUGUUAGAGGCGACCAUAGAGAAAGACUUUAAGAACAAAACUGAUAUCAUGGCGAUAGUUAAAGAAAAGUGUUUAUUAGACAACUUGGAGGAGUAUGGUCCACCGCAUAUGUGUCAUAUUGGGAAAGUUACCAAUUGCUUACAUCUUUAUCUUAUAUUGAACUGUCCUCAAUGGAAAACUUCAGAACACUGCGACAAAGUAAGGGACAGACUCGAUGAUUGCGAAAGUGUGUUUCCCUAAAACUGCAGAUUAUUACGAAAUAAUUUGACACGGAGUUCUAUUAAUGUUACUUUAUGCAAAUCAGCGAUAUACAACUUGUUACCGAAUUAAGAAAAAAUCUGAAGAAUGCUUGAGUAUAUUUCGAAUCAACCCAGUAAAAAUAUUAAACCAAAAUAAGGAUAUUUAUUUUUCCGUACAAACGAAUUCAAAACAUUCUCUCAUCAUGUAAACAGUAAAUAACCCUAUUGAAAAUUAAGAUAAAAUACCGACUCGCGCAUAUUACCUACGCUACGCGACGCGUAUUAAUAAAGUGACAGGAGUAACAUGAUUUUGCAUGUGAUGUUAGUGUGAUGUGCCUCAGAGCCAGUACAUGAUGUACCUCUAAAGCCUGGGAAGAAUUAAUUUCUGUUUUCAUUUACACGUAGUAUAUUAAGUAGUAUUUCAACUACUUCUGAAAUCGUGGAUCACAAUACUUUUAAAUAUAGUAGCCAGAUGAUAAAAUAGUGC